AUGUCUAAAUCAGAUGUGUCCAGACCUCAUGGACACAUGACUUCAGAUGAAGAAAAACACGCUGGUUCCGGUGCCUCGCGAGACUCGUUCCAAGCUGCCGAGACCGUCCCUAUCAGCAAUGACCUUCAUCGUACUCUUACCCCGAGAGAGAUCCACAUCAUCUCCCUAGGCUCCAGUGUCGGAAGUGGACUCUUCAUCGCUACCGGAAAAGCCCUUGCAAAUGGAGGACCGGGCACCAUGUUCAUCGCAUACUUGAUCGUCUGCAGUGGUGUUUGGGCCAACCUACAAACACUGGGUGAAAUGACGAUUGCUUUCCCAGUUUCCGGCAACUAUAUCGACUAUGCUGCCAGAUGGGUAGAUCCAGCUUUGGCGUUUGGAGCUGGUUUUGCUGAAUGGCUUGGUUGGACCGCCGUUUUCGCUGCCGAAGCCGAGUUCUUUGUGGUCCUUGUCAACUAUUGGGCUCAGGGCUCGGUACCUCACGGUGCACUACUCACCAUCUUCUUAGCCAUUUCCCUCGUCGUCUUCCUCCUACCGAAUAAAGCGUUUGCUUGGCUUCAAUGUUUUGGCUCUUUAGUGAAAGUCGCCUUGUUCGUCUUUGUGGUCAUAUUCUCUAUUGUGCUGUUUGCAGGUGCCGGACCAGAGCGUUCACACGAAUGGGGCGCUUCGUGGCACAAUGGACUAGCUUUCCAAAACGGCUUCGGGGGUUUCGCUAGCUGUGCCUUGCUGGCGAUUUGGGCCGUCGGAGACCAAGUCUUUGUUGGUGUCAUGGUAGGAGAGGCCGCAUCUCCUCGAUACUCUAUGGGUCAUGCGUCCACUUUGGUCCCUAUUCGAGUUGGAGUCAUGUAUAUGACUUGUGUCGUACUUAUUGGCCUUCUGAUUAGCUCUGAUAACCCUGAUCUCUUGGGCGCAUCAGGUUCUGCUGCAUCGCCCUUCGUCAUCGCUGCCAAAGGUAUCAAGGUAAUUCCUGAUCUGAUCAACGCUUGUAUCAUUAUUGGUAUCGUCGCGAUCGCGUUGGAGUCGAUAUACCUCCCAUCCCGUAUCCUCAGAACCAUGGCUUUGCAGGGAUUGAUCCCAGGAAAAUUUGCCGAAUGCGACGAGCGUGGUCGACCUCGUUGGGCGCUUGCCUUGACAGCUGUUGUCGCAGUAGUCAUGAGCUACAUGAGUCUUAACGCUGGUGGGACCGAAGCCCUCAACUGGUUCGUCUCGAUUACAAGCGCCUCAUUCUUCUCCAACUGGGCCAUUAUCGCCUUUACGAGCUUUUUCUUCCACCGCGCAUUAAAGGCACAAGGUGAUGAGAUAUUCAGCGGGAGAUAUGCCUGGAGAUCAUUCGCCUGGCCUUCGUCACCUGCUUAUUUGAUGAUGGGUGGCGGCGGUUUUACAGCCUACAACUUCUUCCAGAACAUCAUUGGAUACAAGGUGAUUAUGCGUACCAAAUGGCAAUCUGCAAAGACAGCAGAUCUUCAAACUGGCCGGAAUGAGCUUCGACAGGAUGAAAUUGAGUUCUUGGACCAAUAUUACAGUCGCCCUUGGUGGAAGCGUCUCGGCACUUACCUGUCUCUAUACUAA